AUGGACCUGUUGUCCUUGGCUCUGGAUAGAAAUUCAACAAGGCUGCUGCAAAAGAUCAAUAUUCACGCCAAACACAACGAGCAGCUACUCGUGGAAUUGAAAACCGCGCUUGGUGUCCGAGAUGUGCAUCAUCAAUUUGCUCUUGGAAAUGUCGCAGAAAAGCUUGGGAGACUGGAGAUAGGUCAAGAUGACGUCCGGGGACAGGUUCAGCAGCUGCACGAGCGCCACGACUUGGAGGAAGCCAUACAGAAGCGUGAGCUCAUCCUUGAAUGGCUAACCCGUAUUGAUUAUGAGUCUCAACAACGCGACGCUAUUCGUUUACGACAAGCUGGAACUGGCCAAUGGCUGUUAGAUUCACAACAGUAUCAAGACUGGCUUGCUGCAAAGGACAAUACUUUAUUCUGUCCAGGAAUACCGGGUGCAGGAAAGACGGUCCUGGCUUCGAUCAUCAACGAGGAUCUAAGGCACCGAUUCCAUGCUGACUCCCAAAUCGGCCUUGCUCAUCUAUUCUUUGACUACCGGCGCCAGGAUCAGCAAUCCUUAGAGGUUCUUCUUUCUGGUCUGCUGAAACAGCUUGUUUCACAACACCUACCGUUGCCUAAACAAGUGGAAGAUUGCUUUACAAUUCAUCAACAGGAAUACUCAGGUCGGGCACGGGCAAUCAUGUUAACCCUGGAAGCAGUGAUAGCGAGUUUUUCAAGGGUUUUCAUUGUACUAGAUGCCGUCGAUGAAUGCCUGGCCCCCGCACAACAUUGUACAGAUUUGUUAUGUGCGAUUCAGGAGUUGCAGAAAAGGCAUAAGCUCCAACUCCUCGCCACAUCUCGCCUCAUUCCGGAGGUCACUGAACGAUUUACGGCGGCUUCCGUUUUGCAGAUCCAAGCAAAAUCUCAAGAUGUACGAAAAUAUUUAACUGAACAAAUACAUCGUCUCCCAGGUUUCGUACGAAAAGAUGUGCAACUGCAAAACGAAGUGGUCUCCAGUAUCGUUGAAGCUGUUCAAGGAAUGUUCCUUCUUGCUAAGCUUCAUCUGAACUCUAUGGUUGGCAAGAGGUCUAAGAAAGCACUGCGGACUUCUCUCCAUGGCCUUGCAACUGGUUCACAGGCUUACGAUGCCGCAUACGAGGAUGCAAUGCUCAGGAUUGAAGGGCAACUCGCUGAUCAAAAGGAGUUAGCGAAGGAAGCAUUGGCCUUUCUCACCUGCACCAAGCACCGCUUUUCAAAGCUAGAUUUGGAAAUGGCACUCGGUGCAGAGAUUGGAAACCCAAAUAUCGAUCCUGACAACUUCCCAGAUAUUUAUGAUAUUGUAACGGCGUGCGCUGGACUUGUCACAGUCAAUGACGAAAGUGGCACUGUCGGGUUAGCCCAUUACACCACACAGGAAUACCUUGAACGAACACAACAACACUGGUUUCCAGACGCACAAGCCCUCAUUACAGACUCAUGUCUCUCCUACCUCUCCUUUCUCGCAUCUGGAGAUUGCCGGACCAUUGGCUUGGAUGUAAUGUGGCAAAGUCGUGGUUGGUGUGUAUACAGUGCGAAAAAUUGGGGUUAUCAUGCUCGUCAAGUCCCCGCUAGCCAUGAAUUGAUCAUGGAAGUCCUCAAUCAGGCAACAGAUUUAAGGCCCACUCUUAGCUAUAUGUAUGACGACCUCUCAUGCUAUAGGUUUUUGGGGCCGGGUGUUGAAAUAGACAAGUCGCUACCGGAUGGUUUGCAUCUGGCAGCCUAUUUUGGGCUUGAGGCCGCCUUUGUUGCGUUGCUAAAGCGCACACCAGAUCAGUCUUCGGAGUUUGGUGGAAGAGAUCCAUCGCUAAUAGCUGCAUUUGCCAUUGCAACUUACAGUGGUCACGAGGCAAUUGUUAGACAGCUGCUACUCCAUGGCGUCUUGAUCGAAUCUUCAAUCAUGUUGCGGCACCGCAAUGGCCGGACUACUGGCAUGCAUCUCGCUGCAAUGAAAGGACAUGCCAUCCUUCUCAAGUUGUUCCUA